UUUUUAGCUAUAAUUAUCUUGAGUUUCAGUAAAAGGCAAAAAUAUAUAUUUUUCUCAUUCAGCUGAUGACAACUUUUUUGGCAAUUAUUGGCAUCCAUGAAUUAAUUCUAUAAUAUUGUGAUUGUGAUAGUAAGAUUAAGACUGAGUCUGUGAGUCUGAAUCAAAGGACCGAGGGUCGAACUUGAAUUCAGAAUCCGAAUCUGUGAUAGUCUUAUCCAAGUUUACAGUUUUGAAUUUGGGGUUUCUGUUUCUGUGUCAUACUUAUGAGUUGUUUAUAAUUUCUUGUGUUUCUUCAGCAUUUUAUAACACACAAUCAUGCCGUGUGAAAUGAUUACAUUACAGCUUGGCCAGUGCGGCAAUCAAAUUGGAUUUGAGUUUUGGAAGAAACUUUGUGCAGAACAUGGUAUCAAUCCUGAAGGUAUCCUUGAAGAAUAUGCAACUGAUGGAGUAGAUAGGAAAGACGUGUUCUUUUACCAGGCAGAUGAUGAUCAUUACAUUCCACGAGCCGUUCUCCUUGAUUUAGAGCCUCGAGUGAUUCAUACAAUUAUGAACUCACCAUAUGCCAAGCUUUACAAUCCAGAGAACGUGUACCUGUCAAAACAUGGUGGAGGGGCAGGAAACAAUUGGGCCUCGGGUUACAGCCAGGGCGAGCGUCUUCAUGAGGAGAUCUUCGAUAUAAUAGACAGAGAAGCUGAUGGCAGUGACAGCCUAGAGGGCUUUGUUCUGUGUCACUCUAUUGCUGGAGGAACGGGGUCUGGUAUGGGUUCUUACUUGCUCGAGAGAUUGACUGAUCGAUACCCAAAAAAGUUAGUGGAGACCUACAGUGUGUUUCCAAAUCAAGAUGAAAUCAGUGAUGUGGUGGUGCAGCCAUACAACUCGCUGCUGACUCUAAAACGCCUCACGAAGAGUGCGGACUGUGUCGUAGUGUUGGACAAUACAGCUCUCAAUCGGAUAGCUACAGACCGGCUUCACAUCCAGAACCCUUCCUUCACCCAGAUCAACUCUCUGGUGUCCACGAUAAUGUCUGUCAGUACUACAACUCUCAGGUAUCCAUCGUACAUGAACAAUGACUUGAUUGGCUUGAUCGGCCCCCUGAUACCGACCCCUAGACUCCAUUUUUUGAUGACCGGGUACACACCCCUCACCAGUGACCAUGAGGCAACUUCAGUGAGGAAGACCACAGUACUGGAUGUGAUGAGAAGGCUGCUCCAGCCGAAGAACAUGAUGGUGUCUACAGCCCAUGACAGAAACGCAGCACACUGUUACCUUUCCAUACUGAACAUUAUACAGGGUGAGUUGGACCCCACUCAGGUGCACAAGUCUCUUCAAAGGAUCCGGGAGAGGAAGCUGGUCCAGUUUAUUCCGUGGGGACCAGCCAGUAUCCAGGUGGCACUGAGUCGCAAAUCACCUUACGUACCCACAGCCCACCGUGUCUCAGGCCUCAUGCUUGCCAACCACACCAACAUAUCAUCGCUCUUUGACAGAGCAUUGCAGCAGUACGACAAGUUAAGGAAGAGGGAGGCUUUCCUGGAGCAGUUCCGAAAGGAGGCCAUGUUCAAGGACAACCUAGAAGAGUUAGAUCACUCACGGGAGGUGGUGCAAGAACUGGUAGACGAGUACUUUGCCGCCACCAAGUCCGACUACUUGACUUGGAGCAGCUCUUCAAUGAGAGCACAAGGAGACACUGGAGAAUAAGCACAGCUAACAAGAAAAUAUUUAUCAUAUGGUCUAUUAAAUGUGUGAUUUAUCACUGGAUUUUAAAAGUAUUAUUAGUUAAUAUUUUCAUUUAUAUUUUUAUAUAAACUUUAGCUUUUUUACUUUCUAAUUUAUUAAUGUUAAUAUAAGACAUUAGUAUAUUAGUAUAGUCGAUAAGAUGCAAGAAUCUCUCUUGAAACUAAUGUUAUGUAUAGAUUUUGUAUAUUACAUUAAUCUGUAUUGUUUUGUUGUUUCAUUUGUUAUUAAAAUGUAUUAAUACUAAAAGUC